CAGAUAUACAAAUAUUUUGCUGUGGUAGUACAAGAGGAAGUGAAGUGGAGGAAGCGAACGAGGAGACAGUGGAAUGUAAAUAGUAUGGCUGUCAGCCAGCGAAGCUCGUUAAACGUUUUCUGUUGAUUGGACCAACAACAGUCUAAAUUUCACUACUUUGUUUUGUUGUUGUUGCCAUUUACGCUGUCAACUGGCUUCGUGGUAUGGUACAAUUCUUUUAAAGAAUAUGGUUACUCGAAUUCACCAGCUGAUAUUUUCAGACGAAGCUAAGAAGUCAACCAUACCGCAUUUGAUAUCCUAGAAACAUACUGAGUCAUCCAUGUCACGAGGCAAGGGACAAGCUUGACCAGCUCCAUCUCUCUGGUGUAUUCCAUUGUAUAGUCAGGAAAAGCACAACUUUUAUAACCAGAUAAGUUGUGCCUCCCCCAAAGAUAACUUUGCUCUAGUUUGCAGCUGUAGCUACAAUGGACAGAGGCAGUGCUGAAAAUUAUCUGUAAGAUAAUUGUACUUUUGUUAAGGUUAACUUGAUAUAUAUUGUGUAAAGAUCAUUAUCUUUUGUUAGAGGAAAUCUUGUAGAGUUUUGUGAAAUCCACUCUGUCUUACAGUCUGAAUGACAUAAAACCGACAGAGCGACUGUGGAUUCUGCUGUAGCCGUCCAUCAACCCUGUUUUGCAAACUAAGGACACUGUUACUCAGGAAUACCAGGGAACUGAUUGUCGAGUAGAUUUCCCUCAAGAUUCACCUAGAAGGUCACUGCCAACUUUUAAAGCCUUGAAUAUUGUUAAUGUAAAGGGCUGAGUUUGUUUUUCUAUGCUUAUACAGCCUAAGCCUGAAGUAGUCUUUACCGACGACUUGGCCUUAUUUUCUAUUGAUUAAGUGCUACAUUGAACAUUACCCGGCUAUGGCGGAUUCUGAGAUAGUCGGAGGAGAUCUCCUGAGCAUUGUCAAAGAUGACUGCUCUCUGACAGAGGCCAUUUCUGAGGAGGGUGGCCAUGCACCAGGGUCCUCUGUAGCUAAAGAAAGCCACAAAACAGAGCCCUUGGACCGUGAAGAUUCCACCAAAGUCCCAUCAGUCAAGACCCCAAUUAUGGAAGCAGAAGGUUCUGGCAAACACAGUGGAACCGCACUCACGCCAGCCGCCACGUGUGCCGUCAUGUCUGAAAACGGCACAACAGAAGACGCUCAAUCCACCCCGCAGAGCCAAACUCUGACCGAAGUGAACGGGGAGAGCUCAGAGGCCAUGUUUGGAAGGUCGGAUGAGAAUAGCCAGUCGGCUACAAGCGACUCUCCCUCCUUCUCCAUCCGCAGCCUGGAGUUCUUCGAGGGCAACACCGGGAAUGACGAGCCAUUGUCGUCCUACUCUGCCCUGGGCGACGAGGGCCGCUCCCCCUCUGCUGACGUCCCCGGCCUGGUCAGUGACGUCCUGGCUGCCGCAGCCACGGGAGGGGCCACAGCCGCCCCAGAGCCCAUGACGCCGGCCUACUACUUUGUGAAAUGGAUCACCUGGAAGGAGAAGAAGACACCCAUCAUCACGCAGAGUGAGAACGGGCCCUGUCCCCUGCUGGCCAUCAUGAACACCCUGUUUCUGCGCUGGAAGGCCAAGCUACCCGCCCAGACAGAAGUAGUCACCACAGAGGACCUGAUGGCUCACCUUGGAGAGUGUGUAUUGUCCAUCAAACCCAGGGAGGAGGCUGAGGGAAUGGAGCUCAACUUUCAGCAGAACAUGAGCGAUGCCAUGGCAGUUCUGCCAAAGCUGUCCACGGGCCUUGACGUCAACGUGCGCUUCACAGGCGUGUCGGACUUUGAGUACACACCAGAGUGUAUCGCCUUUGACCUGCUGGAUAUCCCGCUCUACCAUGGCUGGCUGGUGGACCCUCAGAGCCCUGAGAUGGUGGCAGCGGUGGGAAAGCUAAGCUACAACCAGCUGGUAGAGAAGAUCAUCGGCUACAAGCAUUCGGAAGACAGCAGCCGUGUCAGUGAAGGUUUGGUGGCAGAGCAGUUUCUGGAGUGCACAGCGACCCAGCUAUCGUACCACGGACUUUGUGAGCUCAACACUAAAGUCAAGGAGGGCGAGCUGUCCGUAUUCUUCAGAAACAACCACUUUAGCACCAUGAUAAAGCACAAGGGCCACCUGUACCUGCUGGUGACAGACCAGGGCUUCCUGCAGGAGGAGGGGCUAGUGUGGGAGAGCCUACACAACGUGGAGGGCGACGGCAACUUCUGCAACUCAGACUUCCGCCUGUGCCACCCGCCCCAGAGGAGCGUCCUCGUGACACAGCCCGACAGUCUCACGCCCCAGCAGCAGCAGAGACAGAUCGACCAGGACUACCUAGUGGCCAUGUCUCUGCAGCAGCAGCAGCAGGGGGUGGCCCCGGGGCCUCUCAGUGACCUGGACCUGGCCAGACGGCUGCAGGAGGAGGAGUACCAGAAGCAGCAUCAGCAGCAACAAGGUCCCUCCCAGGCCCCAGCACAGCAGGUGAGACGUCAACUGGCAGCCAAGCCGGGAGGUCAGAGGAGACGGGAGAAAAAGGAUGAUUCCGACUGUGCCAUAUUAUAGCGACACCUAAACUUACCCUAUUCCCCCAUGAGCCUGCACUUCAUUGCAUUAAGCCAACCCCUAACACAUAUACACACACACACACACAGUUAGGGGAUUGUGCCCCUGCUAUCUCAAUGCCAAGCACACCCUUCACACUAAACCUUGAAGUUGUACCUCCCCAUUUCUCACCCUUGUUCUUCUUUGAACAUCCAGGCCAGAAGGUGGCAGUACUAGUCCCUCUUUGCUAGACCCCAGAACAGAAUCUAAACGUGAAUUGAGGCUGCAGAGAGGAAAUCCAAUGCAGUUGGUUGGUUACAGCAGCUGAGAAUCAUAACCAAGACACGUCACAACCCAGGUAGUCACACAUCAGGGGUCGUCUUCUAUUCAGCUAUCACUGCCCCUCUUGAGAAAUAUGAGCGAAGUUUGUAUCUGUGGUCUGGUUUGGUUUCUAUGGCAACAAGGCAGACAGUGGUCUGAUUUUGUAAGCUAAGUGGACCGAAAGUGAAGGUCUAGAUUAAAGGGAAGUCACUACAGCUCUGACCAACUGAUGCAUCUUAAUGGAUGCAAAAAAAUAAGUUAAAUUAAGAGCACAAAGACAACCCCCCCUUCGCUGCUACCUUCUCGCCCUAGAAAGAUCUGUUUUUAAGCAAACUGUAGGGUAGUUGUCAUCUGACUCAUUUAAGCCAUGAUGGAAACUUGAGUACAUUCCUGUCCUAUACAGAACAAUGCACAAUUAUGCCUGGGUCGAGAAGCGGGCUCUGCAAGCCCGACGAACGAACAAAGAGAUGGCCGUUUUCCCCAAAGUCCUAUCUGCUAGAGUAAGCAUGGGCUUUUCUUUCCCUGUCAUAGUGUACUAUGCUGUAGUCAGUAGCAGGGAGGAAUUAUGCAGAAGUAGAAUGGUAUGGGCAGAGUCGCAUUAAAGGUCCAAUGCAGCUGUUUUUUAUCUAAAUUUUAAAUAAUUGAAAGGUAAGAAUUUUAAAUGGUCAAAAAGAAUCAAAUAGCUUCUUAGGAAAGAGCAAUUUCUGGAGCAAGAAUUUUGAUAGGACCGUGUAUCUGCGAGUGGUCUGAGUGGGGAGGGGAAACCUGAAAAUUAGCUGAGAGGUUUGGAACGCUUUCUUAUUGGUCUGUUAACCCAUUUCAGGCAGGUCCAAAUGUCAUCCCAAAACCACAGGCUAACAUUUCUGAAUUUAACAGUAUUAUUCCAACAUCAGUGUGGAAAUAUAUAUAUAUAUAUUACUGAACAAAAAUAUAAAGCAACAAUUUCAAUCAUUUUAAAGAGUUACAGUUCAUGUAACGAAAUCAGUCAAUUGAAAGAAAGAAAGGAAGAAAGAAAUGAGGCCCUAAUCUAUGUAUUUCACAUGACAGGGCAGGGGUGCAGCCAUGGUUGGACCAGGGAGGGCAUAGGCCCAGCCACUUGGGAGCCAGGCCCAGCCAAUCAAAAACAUUUGUUUCCCCCAACAAACGGGCAUUAUUACAGACAGAAAUCUCUAAAAUUACAUUAUUGUAGAGAAAUUAACAUAAAAUUCUCUGGCAACAGCUCUGGUGGACAUCUCUGCAGUCAGCAUGCCACUCAACUUGAUACCUCUUUGGCAUUGUGUGAAAAAAUUCACAUUUUAGUGGCCUUUAAAUGUCCCCAGCACAAGGUGCACCGGUGUAAUGAUUAUGCUGUUUAAUCAGCUUCUUGAUAUGCCACACCUGUCGGAUGGAUUAUCUUGGCAAAGGAGAAAUGCUCACUAACAGGGAUGUAAACUAAUUUGUGCACAAAAUCUGAGAGAAAUACGCUUUUUGUGCGAAUGGAACAUUUCUGGGAUCUUUUACUUCAGCUCAUGAAACGUGGGACCAACACUUUACAUGUCGCGUUUAUAUUUUUGUUCAGUCUACAUUUGUUCAGACAGGUAAAUCACGUUUUUGACUGCACUGGGCCUUCAAGCAAAUCUGGUGCUUGAACCAACUAUGAGAAGUCUGCAUUUGAUUUACAUUACUUAGGAAUAAAGUUCUGGCAGUUAAUUCAGUUUUGAGACUGUCGGCUAUACAGGGCCUUUUGAAGUAGCUUUAGGGGGAGGGGCUUUCAGCAACACUACAGAAAUAGGCCACACCUUGAUGCCAAGUGUUAAUCGUCACCACUUCUUGCUUUGAAUUUAAUUUGUCAUGUCAGUAAAGGGAAAUCUAAACAAAUGA